AUGUCAAACAUUCAGAAGGUCGAAUAUGAGGCACUCACUGUCUCCGGAGAUAACUACCUUAAAUGGGCCCUUGACACCAAGAUCUACCUCAACUCAAAAAGUUUGGGUGAAUGCAUCAAAGAUCCCAACACCGCGACUCAAACAGAACGGUACUCGGCGAUAUUUAUUAUCCGCCAUCACCUCGCUGAGUCUCUCAAGCAACAAUACCUCACUCUUGAGGAUCCACUCGAACUUUGGGUGGCACUGAAAAAGCGAUAUGACCAUCAGAAAACGGUCAUACUGCCCCAAGCCAAGUUCGACUGGAAGAACCUACGGUUCGAAGAUUUCAAAUCCAUCGAAGAAUUCAAUUUCGAACUCUUUCGGAUAGUUGCACUCAUAAAACUAUGUGGCGAGGAGGUCACUGAUAAGGAUAUGCUAGAGAAAACAUUCUCUACUUUUGGCACUCCCAAUGUUAACAAUCAGCUUCUGUUGAGGAACAGUGCCAUGCGGCCUCCAGGAUCAGCCCCAUUGCCAGAAGGAACCAGAAAAGAGUCCAACUUUGUCCAACGUAACAGAUCCUCAGAUCGUGGACGUGGACGUGGAAAUGGACAUGGACUGCGCGGCAGAGGACGCGGUAGACCGAACCAAGAUAACCGACCUAACCUCAGUUUUGGUCGGGGUAAGGGUCGUGGUAUCAACAAACCGACCCAAAGAGGCAGUUCAUCUAGACCAACUCCUUGCUCAAGAUGCGGAAUGACUAAUCAUUGGGUCAAGAACUGCCGUACUCCCAAAUAUCUUGCUGAGCUCUACCAGAAGUAUGGGAAAGAUAAUCAUGAGGCUAACCUGGUUCAUCAAGUCAAUGAAGAUGACUCAAAGGAUGAUAAGAUUGAUGGCAUGGAUUAUGAGCUCUCUGACCUUCUUGAUUGA